AUGCAUGGCUGUUUGAAUCUGAUCGAUUACACCUGGAAGGAAAGUGAUGACAGUGAGUGCACAACUCCGACACAUCAUCAGCACGUUUAUUCAAAGCGCCGAUUAGAAAGGAACACUGUCCGACCUCGACGGGCUGCUACGUUGGCGGCCUGCGAAGGUCAAAACGAGCGGCGAUCGUCUUUGGGAAAAUAUGGUAGGAAAGCAAUAAGUCCAGCUAGAAGCAUAGGAGUCAGACGGACUAUGACGGUGACAGACGUCUACCCGCCUAGACAGGCACCGACCUAUGCUUCGUGGGUGAGAAUGCAUAGACCUGAGUUCGCAUCCGUCUGGUACCCUCUUGUUCAUUGCCGAUAUCGAUUGCAGCGUGAUCCAGACACGGGCGCCAUUCUCUGGAAUUCUGACUUAAACAGUUUAUGUUGCACUCCUCGGUUGCUGACUGAGGCCAUUAUUCAGCGCGACUGUGCGGCCGUUUCUGGUCUUGUUGCCAACUGGCCAGGAGCGCGUUUGAACGUUCGAGGGCUUCUGCCAAAGGAAGACUUUCCUCUGACUCGAGGCUAUCUCACAAAACCGGUUUUCGUCACUUCCAACCCAGACUCUGCUGACCUCGCCUCCACCGACGUUCUGAAGGGUCCGAGUCUUCUUGAUGCGCUGAUUAUCGGUAUCUUAUCCCGACAACCUACCUGUGCACUUCGAGUGAUUGAUUUCAGCGGUUUUGACGAAGACCGAAGGGUGAGCAUUGAAUUGUCAAGAAUUCCACUGCUAUGGAUGAGCCCAGAUAGGCGAAGUUCAGAAGACGUGCGACGGCAAAUUCGAGGCAGCCUGCAGUUGACCAUUCAGGAUCAGCGGUUUGAUCGUUAUUUUACCCGGAUUUCAACCAUUUAUAACCUUCAUGAGGGAGACUUUUGUCAUGAGGAAAAUUUCGAUCCAUUGACUAUAUGCAUGGACUGCAAUAUGUCCGUUGACGAAGUUGCAUUUGGUCUCGCUCUGCAAAAUGUAACGCCAUUUCGCUUCUCCUGCAACCGACUUCUCAUGCGACGUCUCCCAGAGCUUCGUCUUCCUGUGUUCAACCUAAUCCGGCUUCUUGAUCCUUUGUCUAUUACCCAAUUUGAGUUGGAAGAUCCAGAACUAGGAGCUGGUUCCAUGGGAGUUCUACCUUCUGCCCUCGGCUGGAUAGCAAGUCUGCGUAAUUUACGGGCCUGUGCUCUGCCUGCGUGUAUCCCCCCGCCCCGCACCGCCGUGACCGCCUCGUCCGUCUUAGCGACCACAAGUGCGAACCUGGGGGCCUGUCGCCUACUCAAUCGUUCUCUCAUCUCCCUACGGCAUUUGCAACGUCUCAGUCUGGCGCGCUGUUACCUUCAGGGGCAAUUGCAGUUGUUGCUCGGAGGACUUAGUCAACCACUGGAGUAUCUAAAUUUACAAGACUGCUGCUUGUGCGCAGAUGACAUUGAGUUUCUGGCCUUUAACUGGCGCCCCCUGACGGGACUCUAUGAGCUGAACAUCGCGCGCAACAAUCUUGCCCGCGUGCCUGAGGCGACGCUGGCUCACCUUUUUGGGCAGACCUGCUUCAGUCACAUCGGUCAUCUCACGUGCCUCUCGCUCGCCUACACUUUGCCUCGCCUCCGUCUGCUACAGCUCUACCCUGCGUUCUACGCCUUCCCUGGCGUAAACGAGAAGGAGCAGCAAAGGAACAGAGCCCAGACUCUUCUUCAGGGCAAUGCCUACAUAAUGCUUAGGGUACUUCGAAGCUCUUUCCAAAUUGAUACACGACUUUUUGUCAAUAUUCGUCGGCGCUCUCUCAUAACGACUUGCCUCUGUUCCGGAUUCAUCUACCGAAUGUACACUAGCUGGAACCGAAAUAAACCGCCUUCUUCUCUGAAUGCGGUUUUUGCCACUUCUCUACCUUCUGACCUGUCUGCAACCACAAUAUGUAUCCCUCCAGGCAUCGUAUUUAUUGCCGAAGAAAAUGGCUCUGAAAUAUCCCACGCCAAUGCCGAAAAGAAAGAAGCCGAGUUACGAGCUGAGAAAUUGUUAUCGCUCCAGAAAGGUUCAUCACGGGCCAACUGUUUUCUAGCUCUAGUGCGUGCGUACUUUGCGGCGGUCUCGUCCGGCCGUCGAAUAGAGUUACUUAAUGUCAGUGUCGACCACAGCCAUUGGCACGUCGAAGCUUCUUUUCGUGUCGUCUUGUUACCUCCCCCAAGUCGCGUUGAGCGUGACCUUCCCAUUCCCCAGCUCAUUCAACGGCUUGAAACAAGGGCCAAGUGGCAUGAUUUUCGUGCGAUAUUCUAUGUCAGCAAGCUCGGCGACCUUACACUGGUGAAAAUAACUCGGGUAUAA